AUGAUGAAGCACAGCAUCAAAGGGCUGUACUGCUUCAUCGACGAGAUCCGGAACUGCAAGUGCCUGGAGGACGAGGAAAAAACGGUGUUGCAGGAAAUAAUUAAAAUAAAAAAAAAAUUUAACGAAAAAAAUAUUAGCAAUUAUAAAAGAAAGAAGUAUAUAUGGAAACUCAUCUACUGUCACAUAUUGGGAUAUGGAAUCUCCCUCUCCUACCUAGACAUUAUAAAGCUAAUGAGUAGCACCAACUUCAGUGACAAGUAUUGUGGAUACACAGCACUCUCCCUCCUGGUCAACGAAAAUAACGAAAUGCUUCACAUGAUGAUAAGUACAAUCAAAUUAGAUCUCAAAAGUAAUGACGAAAAAGUAAAUUUUUUAGCUCUCCAUUUUGCUAGCCAAAAAAUAAAUGACCUACUUAUAGAAAAUAUGUACGAUGAUAUAUUACACAUAGUGACAUCAAAUUACAUAUACAAACCGAAUAUUAGGAAAAAAGCCUUCCUGUGUUUGGCAAAUAUUUAUAAAAAAAGACACGAUUUAUUGUUGAAGAAUAAAACUGAGUUAGAAAUUUUUAAAUUUCUUGAUCAAAAUUUGAACGAGGUGAAUAUGUUUAAUGUUUUUGCUUAUCUCAAUUUGAUUUAUGUCAUCAUUUUGGUUUUCCAAAAAUAUGAAGCUAUGCAACAUUAUAGGAAGAAGCAGGAGAGAAGGAAGAAAAAAUACUUCGAUGAGAAGAACCACGGGGGGGAUGACGACGAGGAGGAGGAGGAGGACGACGAUGACGAUGACGAGGAUGACGACGAUGACGACGACGAUGGGGGGGGAAGGGAAGACUUCAAGGUGGACUCCAGCAACUCUAGCAGCCUUGGCAGCAAGAGAAUCAUCUCGCUGAACAUAAAGGACGAGGUGAAGCGGAACAGGUUCCACAAACAUAACAGCUCCUCCCUCUCAAACGAACAGAGCUUCCUAUAUAACGAUUUAAAAAAAGUCGACAAAAUUAUGGAAAUUGAUUCGCAGUGCAGCUUCAACAUUGAUGAAAUAAAUUUUUAUGAAGUCAAAAAAUAUAUUAACAAAUAUAUUCACUUUAUCUUGAACGUGCUCUACCUCAUUUUGGAUGAAAAUUUAAAAAUUGAUGAAGGGUUUUACUACAGCCAGUUCAGGUACCCCUUCCUACUGAUCAAGUGUCUACAGAUGGUGCAGCUGUACGACCUGCAGGGCUUGUCCCAGAACACUAUUAACAACAUUAACGACAUUCUCUACAGGAUCGUGAGCAACCCGUUUAAGAAGCUGCAGGGCAAGAUAGGCUUCGAAGCGGACAAGGCCAAAGGCGGCCGACCCCCCCCCAGCGCGCACGGCGCUAGCGGUGUUAGCGGCGUUAGCGGCAUUGGCGGUGUUAGCGGCAUUGGCGGUGUUAGCGGCAUUGGCGGUGUUAGCGGCAUUGGCGGUGUUAGCGGUGCUAGCGGUAUUGGCGGUGUUAGCGGCCGUACUGGUACUGGCAGCAUUGGCGGCGGAAACGGGGGGAGGAGAAACAUAUUCAGGAAAAGCUUCUCAAAAAACAGCUUCUACAGGGGAACGAAAAAAUCCAAGGAGGAACUCAGAAACGAAAAAAGCACCACCUACAUCGAAUACGCCAUCAUAUACGAAUGCUGCAGUGUAUGCAAUUUUUUAGGAAACAAAAUCGAAGACAGAAAUAGAGAUAUUAUCCUAUGUCUCAUCACAAAUUCAUUCGACUCAAAAAAAUCAAAUAUUAACUAUGUCAUUCUUAACAGCUUAGCAAAACUAAAAAUGAAUAUCAAAAUAUACAACAUGUUAGAAAAUCACAUCAUGCAUCUAAUUAAUCUCCUAAAUAAUGACGACAUAACAAUUAAGUUACAUACCUUCAAUAUCCUUUUUAACAUGUGUAAUAGUUCAAAUUGGAAAUUACUCAUUAACGUUUUUUUUUCUCAUUUACCUUAUAUUGAUCCAUAUAUACAAAAUGAGGUUAUCAUAAAAAUAUCCAUUUUAGCUGAAAAUUUUUCACCAGACUUGUCUUGGUAUAUCGAUGUUAUAUUUAAAAUGAUUGAGAUUACUUAUAGGUCUAUCUUUCCUGAGGUUUGGUUUCGAUUAGUUCAGAUUGUCACUGGUUUUGUUGAGGGAGAUAAAUCAGGUAAGGGUGGGGGAGAUAAAUCAGGUAAGGGAGGAGAUAAGCUUGAUAAGGGGGGAGAUAAGCUUGAUAAGGGGGAUAGUCGUGAGAAGGGAGACUCACGAGAUAAAGCGAGUAAGGCGGUGAAGAAGGAUAGUACUUCUACGGAUAACAGUAAAGCUAAGGAGGAUCAAAAGGUACAGACUUACGCUGCUAUGAAAUGUUACAAAUACUUAGCUGAUCGGUACACAAAAAUCGAGUUGCUCAUCGAUCUCUGUUCAUACAUCAUUGGCUCUUUUGGACAUCUCAUAAAGGAUAAAGUACCUAUGAACAGUCAGCUCAAAAUUUUGGAAAAAUAUUUCACACUCGGGUCUUCCAACACCAAAUGUGUCAUUCUUAUGGCCAUCAUGAAAAUGGUCUUCUACGACAGUAAGCUCAUGUCACCGGUGAAAAAAAUACUCACCAAUUGUAUUAGUCAUGCCGAUUUGGAGCUUCAGACUAGGGCAUGCGAGUUCCUUAAUCUUUGCAAUUUGAAUAACCCUAGUGUCUUGAAUUACCUACUCAAGGGGAUGCCACUUUAUCACACCAAGAAGGUGCACGAAAAUUUUCUCAUAAAACGUCUCCUGGAGAAGAACAAGUGAAUGAAAUCUCCGCACGCUGUAAUCGACUUCAACGAAAAGGAUAACUCUCUCAUAUUCGACAGACACCAGGAGAAAGGAAAAUCGGGCAGCAGACACGAGCAGAACUACAAAGAGGAGAAGGAAAACGAGAGCGCUAGUGCUAGCGACUACAGCAGCAACAAAGGUUCUUCCUCCACCUCCUCCGAUGGAAGCUACCAUGUCAAAGUUAGAAGGAAAGUGAACAACGGGUCAGUAGCGUCAUCUGAAAAUUCAAAAAAAUCUUCAUCCACUUUGUCUACUCACAAAACAAAGAACUCAAGUGACCAUACGGAUGAUAAUGCCAAGCUCUUUAAGUCGCUCGCCUUGCAGAAGGCAAAUAACAUUAACGACCUUUGGUUCAAUGCCUGUCUCUUGGAUAAGUCCCUUUUUUUUAAAAACACCGUUUUGUCUAUUCUCAUAAAGCAAAAGUACCAGGAAAACAAGGCCAUAUUCACCUUUUACGUGAAAAAUAUAUCUAAGUCGAUGGUUAACGUGGCGAGCAUCCGCAUUGAGGAGUGCGAACAGAUGAACAUAAAGGAAGCCAAAAUUGCGAUGAACGAGAAAAUAGACCCGGACGGGGUGUACGUCCAUAAAAUAAUAAUUACCAUUUCGGACAUUUUUUACAACAUCCCCAGCAUCUACUUCAACGUCUUGACCCAGAGCUCGGCGAACGCGAGCCUGUCGUCCAAGCUGCCCAUCCUGAUCACGCGCUUCAUCAAGGAAAACAAAAUGAACGAGGCCACUUUCAAGAUUUACUGGAAAGCCCUCACGCAGGUGCACAACGAAGACAUCAUAAUGGGAGUCCCGAAGUUUUCGAAGAAGUAUUUCUUCAACUAUCUCAUCAAUGCGUUUAACUUUUACAUUUUGAAGAUCGGCUCGCUUAUCUGCGCCUCCGGCUACAUACACUUCCCCGCCACGGACAGCGAAAAUAAAAUUUUAAUUCUCGUUAAAAUUCGGCACGAAAUGAAAGGGUACGCCGAACGGGUCCACGGCCACUCUGCACCAUCCCUGUGCCAAAUCUCAGUCGUGUCCAGCAUCAAGCACUUGAAUAACUACCUGAACAAAAUAUUUGAGAUUUAUCUUAUAAAGAACAAAUAA